AGUAACGAGAACGAGACCGACGACGGAACGAACACGUUCGUUUUCGAAGCCGCCGACACCGCGCCGUGAUAACAGAGGGUGAAUCACCAUCCGAGCGAAAUGCUACCACCUUUGCCGAAUACGCGACGUUAGCUGACAUUCUCGCGUUGCGUGAAAAGUCGGCGGAAUAGGGACCAAAGCUAAUUUCGACAACGUGGAUCUCUCGCUGCAACGAUACCAGUUGCAGUUGCAGUUGGAGUCAUUUACAGUCGCGCACGAACAUGUUAACGUUACAAGUUCUCGUCGAAAGUGCACAAAGUAUGGAGAAGAGACAGCGUUAAUGUCGUCGGUAUUAAAUUCGAGAGGGCCAACUAAGGGACGCGGUGGUUCUUAAAAUACAAGAAAGACACGGAAAAGAAUAGGAGAAAGACGAAAGCUGAUCCUAGUGAUCCUGUUAAGUAGAGGUCAAUGGAGCCGUCUUGAUGCAGGCUGCAAAACUACGUGGGGAUUACCCAUCGUGGUCGUCGGGCUGAUUUCAACGGUGAACAGUGGCGAUUCCACCCGUGGCCGUGGGUGGAAGAGCCGUUUUCAUCACCGUCAACGACGAAUAGUACAGCCGCUUCCGCUUCCUCCACCCCACGUGGCCGAAUCAUUACCUGAUAAGAGCUGGAGAAGCGGCCGCAGCCGCAGCCGCCUCGGAGCUCUGAGGAGCUGGAGGAUCUGCACAAGCUGCUGCACUUCCCCGAGGAGGUGGCGCUCAGGUUGACGGAGACCGAAUACCAGCUGUUCUACCAGAUACCACCGGAAGAGUACCUCAGGCACGUGGCACAAGAUCAGAACACGAAAUCACCUGCCAGGCCACCCCCGUCGCCGAGUCGCAGCUACUGCAAUCCCAGCACCACGAACAGCUCGACCCAGACCGAGGAAGAGUCUAACUGGCCUGUUUCCAACCUCUUUUCUUCCGUUCGAACGCUCAUCAAACGUUUUAAUGAGGUAAACUCAUGGGUUACUCACGCGGUCGCAAGUGGCGCAACGUUGGAAGAAAGGCAGGCGGUAUUGUCCUGUCUCCUACGAGUAGCUCAGACCUGUUGGAAUACCGGAAACUUUAACUCAGCCAUGGAAAUUGUCGCCGGUCUCAAGUGCCACAAGCUAAAGCCCUUUUGGCAAAGUGUGAACGACCCAGUACCAGUUUUGGAAAAUCUAUCCUCCGCCCUUUUGUCUCCCGAGUAUGAGCUCGCGCUUGCUCGCUCCUUGGCAAUGCCAGAGUGUCCAGUGGUGCCGUUCUUUGGAGCUUUUUUGCGGGAAUUGCGGGAAGUCAUCGCAUUCGAGUCCAAGUCUCAGCAUGAAUGCAAGGACCACGACGAGUCGCCGCGUAGCAGCAGCAAGGUUGCCGAGCCCGAAAACGUGUCAUCUUCGGGGCAAACGGCAAAAAUUGCUAUUGAUACCAGCACCGAAUCGCCCACGGAAUGGAAUCCGAGGAAUAGUUCCUUGAAAAAGCAAGAGAACGCUCCAGUCCGUGAUACAAGCUCCGUUCUCGAGAAAAUUGCCGAAUUUCAUAAGCACCAACAUGCUCGAGGCAGAGACGCGACGACUGGCUCGCUUCAUCGCACGCUCAGCAUUCAUACGACCGCGAUCGAGCAAACCUACAUGGCCGAAGAAUGUGACGAGAACGACUAUCAUUUCGAUCUCGAUUCCUACAAGCCGGUACAACCGAUCACAUUCGACCAUGGGAUUGCGUUAUUUCCUGUCGCUGCACCGCACUCCGGAAUGGAUCUGCAUCUUUUGCAGGUAUUGCAUCACGGGACAACGUUGGUGCAUUGGGACUGCGAAGGCGGUACGACGAGGACGGCCUUAGUAUUCGCGCGAGUGGAUCGCGCUUGCGGUACCUUCGUGUGGGAAAAGCCACCCUGGAGUCCAUUGAAAACUGCCCAGCUGGGAGGUACAGCUUCUGCAGAUUUUUCGCUAACUGCCAAUCCAGAAGACGUGGUAUCGGCCGGUUUAGUAGGGAGAUAUACCAUGCAACAGACGGACUGCGCUUCCGUGACGCUGGAAGAGGGAUUUUUGGACCUGAGCUCCGUCAAGGAAGUCAUGAUCGGCUGUUGCGAUCGGGACAGAGAGACCGACCUCAGAAGCAUUUACAAGAGAUACGGUCUAUCUGGAUCCGAUUCAUGUAUCGGCCUUAUGUACGGCUCCAGUCUGCCGGACAAUCGACUGAUCUUUCUCCUUUGCCCUCCUGCGCUUAGCAAAAUUUGGUACAUGGGUCUUUGUUGGAUACUACGAGGCCUGAAACGGCAACAACAACUAACAGAUCGUAGAUCGCGAUGGUUAAAAGAAAAAUACCUUCAGCUUUAUUUCGAGGAUGGAUGUAUCGAGCCAAUGACAGCUGAUGCUAUUAGAGCUUUUGGCGGUCGCGACUGGUCCACGACUGAAAGUAUCGGCACGCUUUCGCCGACGAGCAGCAGCGCUCUCCGCAAACGAAACGUUAAAGGGAAAAAAACGAAAUCUAUCGGCAAUAUUCAUGCGUUAACAAAGGAUCUAAGCCUAAAACAGUAUGACACUUCGUCUCCGGAUGGAGGCUUAACAGUGGUCCCUUCUCGGCAUAUUACGGGUAGUAGAGAAUCCUUGACGAGAAUCAUACCAGCAUCUCCACGGUCCAGCAGAGAUCGAGUUCCCCCACGUAGUCCUCCUGGAUCCGCCGAACGAAUUAUUAGUUCCAACUUGCCUUACUCCAGCUUUCAAAGCCUAUUAUGCGUCGCCAGGGACAAGGAUAAAAACGGAUCUGGAAUGUCAGGUGGAGUGGAAGCACCUUGGCAAGCGAAGGCACGUGCCACUUCCAUAAUGUAUGAAACUCAGUUGAACUUCGUCGAGUUUGUCGCGUUGUUCCGUUCGUUCAGCCUGAGAGCAAGAAAGGAUUUACGCGACCUAUUCGGCCAACUGGCGAUCACUUGUCGUAGUCAAAGCGACGGUUCUUUGAGAGACUUUAACGUACGGCCGCCUGUGUUGAGGCAAACCAGUGACGCAACCCCUCAACGAAUCGGUCUCUUGACGAGAAAUAACUCCAUAGACUGUCACGAGUACAAAACCAGCAGCAAUCUUCAAAAGAAACAAGUUUUCGACGCGGUGGCUGCAGCUAGCAUCGUUAAUAAUUGUUCUGGCGUUGACACUUCGAAAUCGCAAGUUAUCACCCUGGCGACGUUCACUAAGUUUUUGGAAUCUCGGCAGCAAGAAAAACUAACCGACGACGAGAUCAAGGCGCUGGUUAAGCGACACGAACCGGACCCAGGACUACGUACACAAUGGUGUUUGUCUUUCGAGGGCUUUGCACGGUACAUGAUGGACAAGGACAAUUAUGCCUUCCCAAACGAGUAUGCGACGCCGUUCGAGACUGAAAUGCAGCAGCCAUUGUCCCAGUAUUACAUCGCUAGCUCGCAUAAUACUUAUUUAACUGGCCAUCAACUCAAGGGAGAAUCUUCGGUGCAGCUUUACUCUCAGGUACUACUAACAGGAUGUAGGUGUGUAGAGUUGGAUUGCUGGGAUGGCGAUGAUGGCUCUCCCGUUAUUUACCAUGGUCACACCUUCACUACCAAGAUACCAUUUCGCUUGGUCGUAGAGGCGAUUGAUAGAAGUGCUUUCGUCAGUUCUCCAUAUCCCGUGAUUCUCUCCAUCGAGAAUCAUUGUUCGCAGAGUCAACAAGCUCGAAUGGCCCAAAUAUUUCAAUCGGUAUUUGGAGAAAAACUGGUGACAAAGUUCCUGUUUGAGACGGACUUUAGCGACGACCCUCAACUGCCAUCGCCGUCGCAAUUGCGCUACCGAAUAUUAAUCAAAAACAAGAAGAUGGUGGUAGAACCCGCUGGUCCUUUGACGCACGCUCCCUUGAGUCAUCGUGGAAAAAUGCUCAUGUCCGAUCGAGCUUCGUCUAUGAAACAAAUGCGUACCGACGUAAGCAGCGCUUCCGUCGUCGAAUAUUUUAGCGAAGACGACGACGAUGAGGAAGAUGACGACGAAGACGACAAUAUCGAUGAUAACUCCAUUUCCAGCUACGAAAGGUAUUUGGGUGGGAUGCAGGUGCCCCAUGGUCGAUUAAAGUCAGAUUCCGCGGUCGACGAUAAGUCGCAAAAACAAAGUAGCCAAAUUGCCAAAGAACUUUCGGAUUUGGUGAUUUACUUGCAAGCUAUUAAAUUUCGCGGGCUGAACACUACGCCAGGAACAACGGCCACUGGGAAGGUGCGACAUCAACCGCACACUGGACCGGUUCAGAGACACAGCAUCGCUGGAAUAGGAGCUACCAGCAUCGGUGCCUCUUCCGGAUCGCCACAGUCUUUAUCGACGUCGGCUUCGCUCGCAAGCGGCGGCAGCAAUAUCGAAAAUCUCUUCAGAUUCACGCGCGGAGUUCCAGCCUGCUUUCAAUGUUCCUCGUUGAAUGAAAGCACAGCGAAGAAGAUUUGCAGAAAACAACCUCUAGGGGUUGUCGCCCAUGCAGAAACUCAGUUAAUUCGAACGUAUCCGGCUGGAAUGCGUAUUGAUUCGACAAAUUUCAAUCCCGUGAUCUUCUGGGCCUUUGGUAUUCAAAUGGUAGCACUAAAUUACCAAACCGACGACGCCGGAUUAAAUUUAAACGCCGCUAUGUUCGAGCAAAAUGGGCAAUGUGGAUACGUUAGGAAACCUUCGGUUAUGUGGGACAAAGGCCAUAUGAUGUAUAGACGCUUCAAUCCUUGGGAUAAAGAAUUCGACGGGCUACAUUCGGCACACCUGACGCUUUCAAUAGUCUCUGGCCAGUAUGUUUCCCCAACAAAUUUCGUCGCCAGCACGUACGUCGAAAUCGAACUAGUCGGCAUUCCGAUCGACUGUGCCAAGCAUAAAACGAAAAUAAUACAAAACAACGCGCUGAAUCCUAUUUGGAACGAGAAAUUUUGCUUUCAAGUAAUGUUCAAAGACCUUGCCUUUCUGCGUUUCGGCAUCGUCGAAGCAAGUUCCCAUCAUUUGAUCGCCCAAAGGGUCAUUCCGCUGAAAUGCUUGAAGCCCGGCUACAGACACGUACGUUUGCGUUCCUGUAAAAACAAACCUUUGGCUCUGUCCACGCUGUUCAUUUAUUCCCGUUUGGAAGAGGAGAGUCUCGAUUACAACACGUGUUGCCGUGAUCACAAAGAGUCGUCGAAGCGGCCGUCAUCGGGUAAGGAACCGGAAAAAUUGACCACGGUGGAUCCUGGGUUAGGUGGAGUGACGCUGAAGAGAAGAAUGUUCUUCCUAAUGGUUUAUCACGUGAUACCGGAGGAACCGUACACUAUAUUAAAAGUCACGCAGGAUAGUACGACGCAAGAGGUAAUGUUACAAGCUCUUCAGAAAGCUGGAAUAUCCGCGGAUCGGGUCGACGAAUAUAUUUUGGUGGAAGAGGUCUCUCGUGGUUGGGAGAAGAGAGACAGGGAAGAACUUCCGACUCAACGCGUGUUAGAUCCAACGGAGCACCCGUUGCAAGCGCAGGCUUUAUGGAAGGGGCAGGGGCGUUUCCUCUUGAAGAGGGUAGGCGAUGAUCCUAGCAGCAGAGCCUGGCUGGCUUCUAUAAGGAGUACAGCUGGACACUCGAAGCUCGACUCCGAAAGAGACACAUCCACGCAUAUCUGGGACGAAGCUGACACCUUCUUAGUUUGCAUUUAUAACGUUUCGCCGGAUAUACCGUACGCGAUACUUCGCGUUCCUGUAAGCAGCUCUGCUCAAGAUGUUCUGGCUCAGGCUUUAGUGAAGGCCAGAAGAAUGGAGGAUCCGAUGAAGUUUGCUUUGGUGGAAGAACUGGAAUGGGGAGGAGCCGGAGCCGUUGGUAGCGGCAGUCGACAAUUGAGAGUUUUACGCGACGAGGAGAACGUGUACAGUACUCAAGCCUUUUGGAAGACGCUCGGAAGAUUCAUUCUGAGAGAAAGAGAACAAGCAAUACCGAGGCGGCAUCUGUUGCCAGCCACCUUGGAUAGGCUCAGCAAAGGUUUUUCCGUAGGAAGAUCGGUCUCCUUGCCAGGUUCCAGCAAGGAGAAGAUGCCUGUCUCGGAAGCGCUUUCCGAUCCAACUUCCAGAGGAUUGAGACAUCGUCUACUGAUGCACGGUCGUAGGAGGGAAGUUCACUCCGAUGGCGAAGAUAUUCGCGAGUCUGAUAUUUUAAACGCGGCCCUUCACUUGAAGAAGGUAUCCUUAAGAAAAUUAAGGGUUUGGAAGUCAUAGUGGCAGUCAAGGGCGACAUCGAUUUCAUCGAUCUUCGCCACUCGGAAAAACCAACCGUAAGUUACGAUAAAUCAUUGCAUUCGAGGUAAAUCGAAUCUUCGGAAGGCAAAUGCGAAAUUAUCCGACGCUUUUGAGGCGAUGUUUGACGAAAGAAACCUCGAAUAUCGUUCGUAUCGUUUCGAAAAAAAGAAAAAAAAAAGUCCACCAGUAAUCAGCAUUCAAACGUUACGAUAUAAAUGAUAAAUAAGCGAAAAGAUGCCUAAUUAUACUCGACACUGCUUCUUGAUUCCGCAUAAUCUGAGUCUUUAAACCGUUACUUGGAGACAAAACCGGUGUUGAUGACAAACGGUAUCAUCGGUUCAGACAGAGUUUGAUUGGACGUGAAAUUGGAAACCACGCGUAUCUGCAGUCGAAUAGCUUUAAAAAAGAAAGCCAAGCUACCGAUACGUUCAAACGAUCCUGUUAACACGUUUACGCGCUGCCCAGAAAUUUUACAUAACAGCAUGUUUAUCUCAUCUUCGUUUAAACUCUAAAAAUUAAUUUUAUCGUAUGCUUAAUCGAUUUUAAUUUUACGAUCGCACUUCUCUAGUCACAUUAGUAUUAUCACGUAAAUGUACAAAAGCGUAAUCUCGCAUAAUCUCCAAAACCAGUCAGUUCCUCGAAGAAAAAUUAGAAUUGUGAAAUUCAACGGAUUCCGGUGAAUUUCCAAAUAAUUUCCAAAGAAUGGCAAAGAAGGAAUAUUUUUAAUCGCAAAGUUUAGUUCGAUUAGAUUGAUUUUUUUUUUUAUUGUAAAUUAAUGUAAAUCUCUUUUCCAUAUUUUUUUAUAUACAUGUAUAUAUUUUCUAAUCUAUAUAAUAUAUUUUAAUACACGUAUAUACCUGUACUUACGAGAAACGUUUGCGUAUAAUAUGGUAAAAGGGCUUCGUCAAUUUUAUCGGGAAUCUAGAGAAUUUUUACGGCGAAAAACAUUUCCUAACCGGUUAAUUUUAUUUCGAGAACGAAGCCAACCGACAAUUUCUAAAUGAACGUAACUUACAACGGGACCUGAUUCAUUUUUAUAAGUACAUAUUAACUUGUCCUUCGAAUAUAACAAUUAACGCUUGCACUUUAAGUACCUGACUCGUUUUUAGAAGUUAUUUUAUUCGUAAUAAUGUUUAAUUAUUAUGAAUAUCACGAUCAAUAUAUGUACGAAUGUCGAUCAUGCAGUCAUAAGUAUUCGUUUUUAUCUUAUCAGGAUACGUUCCUACGCUGCGCUUUAACGAUCGAGCAACGUUAUCCGACCUACCGCGCAUUCUGCACAAAUUUUUAUGGAAUUCUUUCGUGAAAAAUUAUUCGUCCGAAAAGAUUUAAAAACCUAUCCUCCGCUUCUUUCGAAGCAACGUCGCUUUAUUUCCUGAAAUAGUCGCUAUCGCUAUUUGUACGUCAAAUUUGUAUACGAAAGAAGACUACUUGUCCACUUGACGACAAUAACAGAUUACUUCUCUUUUCUUUGUUUCGUUCUUUGUAUAUACUUUGUAACGCGACAUUUUAUACGAUACAGAGCCAGGCAGUGUGACUUUUUUUUUACUCGGACUUCGGUUUUAUCGAAGGAAAUAAAAAGUAUAUACGAAACACAUGAAACGAGUAUCGUACGAAUGGAAUACGAGAUUUAUUUAUUUCAUCUACGUACAAAAUCUGUAUAGUACGUAACGUGCUAUUUCUUCAAUCGAUGAUCGAUAAGAUUCGUCGUAUUGGCGUCUAUUGGUACUUUGAUACAUCAGCCUGUCCCAUGUUGUACGUAGAAAAGAAAGUAGCAGAGUAAAGUCGGACGAAGUAAGAAUCUGCAUCUAGGAAUGAGAAAUGAGACGUCUAGUCAAGCUCUAUCAUCGAUGUUUCAAAGGUGCGCUUCAAGUAAAACGUAACUAAAUUAUUUUACGAAUACGAUUAAGCAAGCAGCAUUCUAGCAGAAAGAUUCGUCGUAAGAUAAAGUUCUCGAAAUCGCAAUGAAGUAAGUUAAAGUUAUAAAGUAAAUUACCUGUUACAGUUAGUAUUUAAAUAGAAAAAAAAUCUAUGAAACAGCAGUAUUAUUUGCAUAUUCCCAUUGACUGCGUGGAUCAUAUUCAGCGCAAGAAUCGUUCUAGUCUAACACGUACUUGUGGCGAUUUGUUUUAAUUGUUCGUUUGUUACGAGGACGCAGUGCUGGCAAUAUAUGUAUGUACAUAAUUACAUUAUCUUCUCGGUUAUUGUAUCUAAUCAAGCGUACGAUCGGAUUUUCUGUAACGAAAACUCUUGAACGAGAAACGUUAACUCGCGUGAAGUUGCUACUCAGAAGUCGUAUUUAUUAUAACGUUGUUGAUACUGAAGAAAAAAAGCGAGAAAGUAGAGUCGUCGGUGUUACUUUUACAAUCAUUGCCUCCCUAAUCCUGCAGUGUUAAGCGAACAUAAUUAUAGAUUAUAAAUAUGAGACCAAGGAGUAUCGAUUGUUUUUCACUCUUAAACGUCGUUCCGAUCGUUCGAAGGAUCGUUACGCUCCGCUCGGUUUCGAGUCUUUCGUCGGAACCUUUUGCCUAAUUUUCAUGGUAUAAUUCUAUAUACAAUAGGUGGAAAUAAUUAGCGAAAAAGAUAAAUAUUAUAAAAUCUAUCUACCGUGGACCAGCAACGUCACGAUUAAAGAUUAUCCUUUGUCUUCCAUGCGAAUUUAUCCUAACGAAGCUUACGGUAGUUUCAACGAAUCGUGACAAACAAUUUCGGAAUAAGCACGAUCUUCCUCUUGACCUUUCGAUUCUAGAAGCGGCAAACGUCGUUCUGUGAGAAAAUUUGUCGGCCGUUUUCGUUUGACCGAGCGAACCGCUUUUUGAAAAGAGCGCUUUCAAAAAAUUGCUAAAUACUCGCGAUAUUUCGUCUUGUAGGAUGCCGUUUCCAGAAUUAUACAAACAUAAUGUUUCUCGAUAACUUCGUGACGUUACUGCGCUCCUUGAUAUAUUUUUCGACACCACUUCAUUCAUCCAUCUUUUACCCGUUUUUUCGAGUCUAUCUAACGAUCGUGUAUCACGAGACAAGGCAAAAUUCGAUGGUUGGAUCGCGAACGAGAAUAGAUAUCGCGGUUCGCUAAUUAUAUACGCGUUUGCAACAAGACUUACUCGAAAGUAAAACUCAUUUUUAAUACGCGCAUUUUAUUCCAAAAUUUGCUAACAUUUAACGAUAAAGUAAAGUCAUUGAUCGAUUUUAGGUACAACUUAUAAAAGAGGAAACAAGAAAAAUACAUGUGUAUUUGUUGUGUAAUUACGAGGUAAACGAAUUGUAUAUACAGUUGGUAAAAUGUUCACGCCUGACAAGAAGCUACCUUGAAUUUAAAUAUAAAACACUGUGUACGCUUCCGACGAUUAAAAUGAAUGCUAUUAAUAGCUUUGUUAAAAUCAAUUUUUACGCUGUAUCAAAUUGUUGCGUUACCUUAGAAAUAGCUAACACGUUAUUUUAUUGCGUUAUCUACAUUUGUAGCGUUUUGUAACAUUGUAAUAUACACGUGUAACAUCUCGUAACAUGGUCGUGAAAACCGAUAUUCCGAACGACUUCGAAUCACGUUAGAAACCGAUACAAAUUUCAUUUUGUCGAAGCAUCGUUAGAUUCGCGAUGACCAAAAUUCAACUCUGUAUGACUCUGUAUGAAAAAAAA